AUGAAUAAUGUGGAAAAACGUUUUGAGUGUGACAUUUGCCACACAAAAUUUCGUCAUAACAGGGAUUUGAAAAGACACCGUAUGGUGCACACUGGCGAAAAACCCUUUAAGUGCGAUAUUUGUCAUAAUACGUUCAGGCAACAAGCAGUUUUGAACAGACAUCUCCGAGUGCACACUGGCGAAACACCCUUCCAGUGUGACAUUUGUCUUGAAAAGUUCAAGUACAAGAAUUCUUUGGAGAGACACCUCACACACACCCUGCACACUGCUGAAAUACUUUUCGAGUGUGAAAUUUGCCAUAAGGAGUUUAGGCGAAAAGAAAGUUUGAAUGAACACCUCAAGGUACAUAAUGAGGAAGAACCCUUUGAGUGUGAUACUGCCCUGACAAAAUCCGAUCAAAAAAUUGUUUCGAAAAGACAUCUUAAGAUACACACUGAUGAGAAACCCUUCAAAUGCGACAUUUGCCAUAAGAAAUUUGCGCGAAUAGGAUUUUUGAAUGAACACCUCAUAGUGCACACUGGCGAAAAACCAUUCGAGUGCGACAUUUGCCAUAAGAAAUUUAGUCAAAAAGGAAUCAUGAAUAAACACCGUAUGGUGCAGCACUAUAGUGUGAAACCCUUGAAGUUUGAAACGAAUGAGCACCUUGAGGAAGGCAUUGGCGAUAUACCAUUCGAAAGUCAUAGUGGUGAUGAUGAAAAGUUCUCGACAAAAUGCCAUCUGAUUGGACAGACCAAUAAUGUGAAGCAAUCCGAACGUGAGUUUGAUGAACAUGUUGGUGAUUCUUUCGCAUCAGAAGAAGACCAUUGCGAAACUAAUAUCACUGAAAAUAAGUGCAAGAUCGAAAUUGAAUACAACGAGCUUCCAUUGGACGAACGAGAUGGAUGUCAUUGA